AUCGAGAAAAUUUUCUCAAAUAAGUUGAAUUUGGCCGCAAAGAGAGAAUUUUUGGGUCAUUUGAAGUGCUUCCAUCUUGGUUUAAGUUAUAGAAGAAAAAGGCUUAGACAGGUUCAGCGAAAAUGGUAACUAAAACUGUGGAUCUCCGGUCAGAUACAGUGACCAAACCAACUGAAUCCAUGAGGGCUGCCAUGGCUACUGCUGAAGUUGAUGAUGAUGUGUUGACAUAUGAUCCAACCGCCUUCCGCCUAGAAUCAGAAAUGGCAAAAGUUACGGGAAAGGAAGCUGCUCUAUUUGUCCCAUCUGGCACAAUGGGUAAUCUCAUUAGUGUGCUUGUUCAUUGUGAGAUAAGAGGAAGUGAAGUCAUUCUUGGGGACAAUUCUCAUAUACAUAUUUAUGAGAAUGGAGGCAUUUCAACAAUUGGAGGUGUGCAUCCAAGGACAGUAAAGAACAACAAAGAUGGAACAAUGGAUGUCGAUUUAAUUGAAGCUGCCAUCAGAAAUCCAAAAGGGGAGCUCGUCUACCCAACUACUAGGCUUAUUUGUUUGGAGAAUACACAAGCUAAUUGCGGUGGCAAAUGCCUUUCUGUAGAAUAUACAGACAGUGUUGGAGAGCUAGCCAAGAAGCAUGGUCUAAAGCUUCACAUUGAUGGAGCUCGAAUUUUCAAUGCUGCAGUUGCACUCGGUGUAACCGUUCAUAGGCUUGUACAAGCUGCUGAUUCAGUUUCGGUAUGCCUAUCAAAAGGUCUGGGUGCUCCAGUUGGUUCUGUUAUUGUUGGUUCCAAAAGCUUUAUUGACAAGGCUAGAAGGCUUAGGAAAACCUUGGGUGGUGGGAUGAGACAGAUUGGCAUCCUUUGUGCUGCUGCCUUGGUUGCUUUACAAGAGAAUGUUGGAAAGCUUGAGUCUGACCACAAAAAAGCCAAAAUACUAGCAGAAGGAUUGAAUCAAAUUAAGGGUCUAAGAGUUGAUGUUGAUUCUGUUGAGACAAAUAUUGUAAUUUUUUUUGAAAUAGAGGAGGGCGCAAAAAUCAAAGGAGACCAUCUAUGCAAGUUCUUGGAAGAACGUGGUGUACUUUUGAUGCCACAAAGCUCAAAGAGAAUUCGAAUUGUUCUCCACCAUCAAAUUUCUGCUAGUGAUGUGCAGUACACAUUGUCAUGCUUUCAGCAAGCUUUGAGUGGAGCACAGGCAGAAAAUGGGAACUAGUGGAAGAACUUGCAAUCCAUAAGUUUAAAAGAAAAAAUUGUUAAAACUUGAAUCAGAGGCAUAAUCUAUUAAGUGCCAUGAAUCCAUAAGAAUUUGGGUAAGGAGUUAAUAUACUCCUAACCAUAUCUAUUAAAAUCUGAUUUUUCUUUUUUAACUACACCAUUUGUUGCAUCUCCUUUACAUGAGAAUCUUGAUUUUAAUGUUGAUUUAGUUGCCAACUUUAAUCCAAGGAAGAAUGGAAAAUCCCAACAACUUUUGGAGCUGCAUUUUCUAACUCUCAAAUAACAUUUUCUUAAUUUGUUUCUUCUGGAGAAGUUUACUCUUGACAAUUUGGCACCAGACUCUUCUCUUAACGACAAACUUUCUUUAUCUAUCAUUUCUUGAACGCAAAUGAAUUGGCGACCAUGGAUAGCUAAUAAUGGCUGUCACAUUUAUAGGCCCCAAAUGGCAGUGAGCCAGGCCCAAGAGGCCUGCUUUCAUAUCCCAUUCAUUUGCUCCUUUAUUUAUGCUCUCCUCCCCUCAUAGUGUAUUUUAAUUCUAUUUUUGCACUUUAUGAUGUGACAUGAUAUAUCAUUGUACCAUUGAAUUCUAUAAUGAUAAAAAAUAUUGAACUAA